UUUUCUUCUGUUGUUUUUCGGGGAGGACAGUCCUGUGCGAGAUCGUCUACACUGCGAUGUCGUCUGGCAAUAUGAAAACAUGCACGAGGCUCUUUCUCUUUAUGGUACAUGUACAACUUUUGGUCAAUCCAGUUCACUGUCUUUUGGAGGAAAAUGAAAUCAAGAAUAGUAACGACCCGCCGGUGUUUGUAAGACGGAACAACUCUAGGCGUUGUAGACCCACACCCCCAGAUAUCUACGGGCCUUACUAUGAGCCUAGGACCAAGAGACUGACCCAGUACUGUACAGGGGACAGGGACAGCUAUCACAACCACACCCUCACUGUCCACGGUCACGUGUACGCGGACGACUGCCGCACGGGCAUCCCCAAUACCAAAAUAGAAGUCUGGCAAGCCGAUGUGGACGGGAGAUACCAUUGGACGGACUGCCGUGGCUACAUUAUGACGGACAGAAACGGGUAUUACGAAUUCACAACCGUUAAUCCUGGGAGAUACACUAUUGAUCGGGCUCAUAGGGACACGAGACCGCGUCAUAUACAUUAUAAAGUGCACGGGGGACGGGAGUUCAUGGGCGUGGUGACGCAGAUGUAUUUCCGAGGAGAUCCCUUUCUGGGUAAUGAUGACCCUUGCAGGAUAUGUUCCUCGGAAAGGAACGAGUUAAUAACUCGACCGAGCCUUUACUGCAGAAAGGGAGUCUGCAUGAAGACAGUGAAAUUUGACAUUGUUUUAGAGCGCAAGCCGAGGGGACGAGAAAGUCCAACUGAAAUGUUUAAUGUCAUUAAAGUUUGAUAUGUUAAUCAUUUGUAUAAUUAUAUUUUGUGUAUCUUGUACAUGUAUGUAUGUUUUCAAUGCAUUUACAUGUAUUAGGUAACCAUAACGAUGUUGAAUUAAAACG